AUGUCGCCUCCCCGCAUCCUCAUCUACAUGUUGCGCCGUGACCUCCGACUGGCCGAUAAUCCCAUCCUCCAUCACAUAUCUACGUCCCGCUCGCCACAAUACACACACCUUCUGCCACUCUAUAUCUUCCCCCACAACCAACUCGAGGUCUCUGGUUCCGUCAAAUCUCCCUUUCCCGAGGCUCGAAGUCAAGUCGCUGGGUUUUGGAGAUGUGGGCCUCAUAGGGCGAAGUUCUUGGCCGAGAGCUUAUGGGAUGUCAAAGAAGGACUGGAAGGCAAGGGGUCGGGGCUUGUUAUAAGGGUAGGGAAGGUUGGAGAGGUCGUUAGAGGCUUGAUUGAUGUGAUUAUGGAGAAUGAAGCAGGUCACGUCGUAGGUGUUUGGAUGACGGGUGAGGAGGGUCAAGAAGAACAGAGAGAGGAGAGCGAUGUGAAGAAAGUUUGUGAGGGGGUUGGAGUCGAGUUUCAAUUGUGGCGGGAUGAGAAGUACCUGAUUGACGAUCGUGAUCUCCCAUUUGACAAUAUCAAAGACCUUCCCGACGUCUUCACCUCCUUCCGCAAAUCCGUCGAGCCUCUCAAUUCCAGAUCACGCCACACUCUGCCCACUCCAAAUUCACUUCCACUGCUCCCUCCUUCGUCGUUGAUCGCGCCCCAAGCCUAUCCCUUCACAAUUCCGACUUCUCUCUCCCAACUUAUCGAGGCUCUGUACAAACCGCUCAUUGCCAAACCCGAUCAUGCAAUGCCCGACCCAACCUCAACUCCACCGCAUCCUAUAACUUCCGGCCACCCCUUCACAGGCGGUGCCACGACAGGCCACAGUCGCAUCAAACAUCUCAUCACUUCCUCCGCCAUGACGAAUUACAAGCAGACUCGUAAUGGGCUAUUAGGCGAAGACUAUAGUACCAAGCUUUCAGCCUGGCUGGCACUGGGGUGCAUCACUGCGAGGCAGGUACAUGAAUACCUCGUGAAAUUGGAAGAAGGAAGCGAUGAGUUGGGCAAGAACGCGAAAGGAUGGGGGAAGGGCAUCAACGAAGGGACCGGUUGGGUGCGGUUCGAACUACUCUGGAGGGACUACAUGCGUCUCUGCGCGCGCAAGUUUAACUCUAGGCUCUUCUCCUUGGGCGGAUUCCGCGGCUCAAACAACAUCUCUGGUUGGAAAUCACCUUCUUCAUCCGAUCCCGCCGUCCAGGAUACUAUCCGCCGAUUCCUCGAAGGAACGACAGGGAUGGGACUCGUCGAUGCCUCACAACGCGAACUCGCACUCACAGGCUACACCUCUAACCGUGCACGACAGAACGUGGCGUCCUUCCUUACGCAUAAGUCGCAUCUCUACAUCGAUUGGAGGGUCGGAGCGGAAUGGUAUGAGUGCAUGUUGGUCGACUAUGAUGUUUGUAGUAAUUGGGGGAAUUGGCAGUACGUGGCGGGCGUGGGGAACGAUCCGAGAGCGAACGGCCAGGAUGCAGGGGAAGGGAGAGCGUUCAAUCCGGUGAAACAAGCGAAGGAUUAUGAUCCGAAGGGCGAGUAUAUCAAGGCUUGGAUACCGGAGUUGAGAGGGUUGAGAGGUGAAGGAGAGGACAUACGGAAGGUUUGGCAGCCUUGGCUGUUGAACAAGGAGGAGAGGGAGAGGCUGAAUAUUGUGGGAAAGGAGUGGGUAGAAAGGCCAUUGAGGAGGAUUGAGUUUGGACGCGGUGAUGGACGAGGGCGUGGCUACGGAAGAGGCCAAGGUCGUGGUCGCAAGGGUGGCAGGGAAAGGCGGCAGGGGGCGCAGGAUAAAGUUGACGCAGCGAAAGUGAACCGACAACUUACACCAACAAUGAAGCAGAUAAUAAUCCUUUCGCUCACAGUAUGGGCCCGCGAUUACGGGCUGCUAUGUACUUCUUUUAGGUUGCCCAUUUUGGGCUCGCUAGACGAUUGGUCUCGAGUCUCCUAG